GGCUCAGCGAGGCCGCGCCGCGCCCCAACGCCUCCCUGCGCGGGCGAGCCGGGGUCAGCGGGGCCCGGGGCCGAGGCCGGGGCCGGUCCCCCCGCGCUACCGCACACACCUGAGCUUCGCGCCGUGCUCCUCCGGCUGGCACCGCUGCACGGGAGAAGGAGGGCACGUCCCGAAACCGCCUGGCCCAGCCCCGGCCCCCAGCCCUGGUACCCGGCCCCGGUACCCGGCCCCAGUCCCAAUCCCAGCCCCGGUACCCGGCCCCAGGUCCCAGCCCCAGCCCCGGUACCCGGCCCCGGUACCCGGCCCCAGGUUUCGGCCCCAGCCCCGGUACCCGGCCCCAGUCCCCGGCCCCAGCCCCGACCCCAGCCCCGGUAUCCGGCCCCAGUCGCGGCUCCCGGCCCCGGUCCCAGUCCCGGUACUCGGCCCCAGGUCCCGGCCCCGGUACGUACGCAGCCCAGCGACGGGCGGGCGCUGAGCUCCCCCGUCCACACCUCCAGCGCAUCGGUCACGCUGCAGAGAGAGCGGCUCAGGCUGCGCCGGGGCCCCUCAGCCUCCGCGCGGCCCCGGCCCCAGUCCCGCUCCCGGCCCCUCACUCACUAGACGCUGCCGCCGGGCCGGCAGUAACACAAGUACCGGCACGACCCGGCCUGCAGUCGGUGGAAGGGCCCGGCCGCCUCCGCCAUGGCGGCCGCGCCGGAAGAGGCGGGCGAGAUCGUGUGGGCCCUACCCGGCAGCGCAGCCGCCAGCCCGGCCAUGGUGACGCUGGGGCUGCGGCGGGUGGAGGACGAGGUGGCCGCCAAGCACCCGGCGCUGCAGCAGUACGCGGCCUGCCAGUCCCACGCCUUCCUGAAGGGCAUCGGCACCUUCCUGGCAGGCAGUGGGGCCGCCUUCGCCGUGCAGAAGCUGGUGAACCGGAAGGUGCCGUACAGCCUCCAGUGGAGCCUGCUGCUGGCCGGCGCUGCAGGGUCCCUCACCAGCUAUGUGGUAACCAGAGCUGAGACGCAGAAAUGCUCCGACUUCUGGAUUUACCUGGAGACAGGCAAGUCCCCACAAGAGCUUGCCAUGGCUGGUGGGGUGUCUCAGCCUGCAGAAGAUCUGCCUAGUCCAGAGGACAGAGGGAAAGCAGCACUCCCAGUGAGGAGGAACAAGUAUGGGGACAUUGUGGAGUAGCCGGUAGAGCUCAGAGUACCACGCCUGUGUCCUGCUUCAGCCCUUCCUGCCCUCCCUGCCUGCUGCGCCUGUGCUGCUUGCAAGACUGGUGGGUCUGUGGCACUGCCCUGCACCUCAGAUGGGUUGAUCCUGCAAUGAGAGAGUGGUGGAAGCACCACAGGGAUUGCUGCCUCCCAGGUGGCCUCUGAACAUCACUUGUCCGGGGUUCAAUAAAAGUCGAGAGCUGAAAGC